AUGGGCACUGCGCAUCCUAACCAGGCUGGCGUCGCCUUCGAAAACUCCCUACAGCGCAGAGAAUCGCUCUCGACUGGCCUUCCUCGACUCUCUCUAGCUGCCCCAAAGGCCAUAUCUGCUUCUUCGCAAGCCGGUUUGGCCUCGGACAUCUUCUCCAGCACCUCGCAGGCCUCGAAUCUGCCGGCCUCGAUGCCCUACUCCAUCACGCCCAUCGGAAAACCGUCCAGCUUCGACUCGAGAACUCCCGUCUCUGCUACUCGUCUAGGCCAGCAGCUCUGCGCAAACGGUUCAAACGGCUCGUCCUCUACCAGCAUGGGGAACGGACAGCAGCAGCAACAGCAGGGACAGCAUGGCGGAGCAACUGCUGUUCCGCUGCGGAGCAUGCUACUCUUUGCGAAAAACCUGGUCGAUGCAGAAUUUAUACCGAACGAAUACUCUGAGGACGCCUCCUUUCUUACUGCGGUUGCUUUGUUCGAGACCAGAACCGCUGCUGAGGAGGCGCAGGCGAUGCUGAACGGGAAGCCCAACUCGACCAACGAUGCCAACAUGAUAGUCGAGAUCGUUUCUCCUUGCCCUACGACAUCUGCGAUGAUAUCUCGCCGGAAUACCAUCGACCAUCUGCCUCGUUCGCUCUCGAUGCUCUCUCCCACUUCGCCGCAUCCGUUCAUGCCUCCGUCUCGGAUGAUGAGCCGGCUCGACGAUAUACACUCGCUCGACAAUGGGCUGGAUGGCAAGCCGCCGACGACGAACGGUGAACUUCCCGCUCCCGAUACGGGAUCUCGAAUACACUCCAUCUUCUCCUCUCAGUCUCCCGCAGGAAACGGGAUGAACGACCGUCCUCGUGUCUCUGGUAAAUCGGUCAUUGAUCAGGACGUCGAUGAAGACACGGGCGAGCUCUUGAAAGAUCCCAUCGCAUACGCUCGAAACGGACCCAUGGCCCUCCAGCGACGCUCAACCAACCCUCAGCUCCCCAUGUCACAGUUCUCCAACCUUUCUCUAACCACCAACCUGUCCUCUCCGCCUCUCGCUCCCUUCAGCGCCGGAGCUGGCACGCCCGCCACCAGAAACAUGCCUACGCCAACCAGCGCAGUAUCGACUUUUAGCGGAAGUGGCUCGACAACUCCAUAUCACCAGCUCCAGUUCCAUCGUCUCAACUAUCCACCAGUCAAUCCCGCGGACCAGAAUCCUCCCUGCAAUACUCUAUAUGUCGGCAACUUGCCCCCCGACACCUCUGAAGACGAGCUCAAAGCCCUCUUCUCGCGCCAGCGUGGCUACAAGCGAAUGAUCUUCCGCCAGAAGCCCAAUGGCCCCAUCUGCUUCGUAGAAUUUGAAGACGUCUCCUUUGCUACAAAAUGCCUAACAGAACUCUACGGCUACGAGCUGUCCAACAGCGUCAAGGGCGGCAUCCGCCUCAGUUUCUCCAAAAACCCCCUUGGUGUCCGCAACGGCCAGCCCGGAAGCAUCCACCCUGCUAAUUCCAUGAGCUCGCCUGGCCCUGUCUCCGGAAUCAACAACAGCGCAUCAGCAGGCAUGGGGCCGGUCCGGUUCUCAACCGCCAACGGACCACCACCCGGCCUCAGUGCCCCUCCCGGCCUACCCAUGCCAAUGCCAAUGUCAAUCCCAACAGCCAUGGGACCUCCGCAGCAAGUCCAGGUUCUAAAUACCUCGCAAUUCAACGGGCUAGGCCUGGGCUUGAACCAUAACGCCAACGCUAUGGGAGCAAUGAGGCCUGGGGCCGGACCGGGUCCUGGCUCUGGGCCUGGUGCACCGAUGAAUAUGGGCGUUGGCAUCGGCUCACCGACGGCUGGAAACAUGGGCGCCAUCAACAACAGCGGUUCAUACCCUGACUAUAUGAUGGGGAGGUAG